AUGCCUGUGCUGGUUCUAUGUCCACGCUUGACACCUGGUCGCAGUGGAGCCUUCCCAGGCCAGUACAAAGUGAACUUCUUCUUCUUCUCUAUGGACAGUUGUUGUUUUUCCACAGCUCCCAAGUGCGGCUUCAUCAUUUCAAACGAGAGGAUCUCACAUCUGCUGGGGCUGGUGAAGCCGGAGAUAUUUGCCCUCAGAGAGACGAUGGUUAAUAUCACCUGCUGGAUCCAUCACCUCAUCCCCAAAAUAGAAGACGGAAACGACUUUGGAGUCGCGAUUCAGGAGAAAAUUCUGGAAAGAAUCGCCGCGGUCCAAAAGAAAAUGGACGAGCUGCUCCCGAACAUCAACAAGUAUUUGUCGGAGAGAGGAGACGCCGUCGCCAAAGCCUCCAAAGAGACACACGUGAUGAAUUAUCGCUCUCUGGUCCAUGAAAAAGACAGAGACAUGUUCCAGGAGGCCAGAGUGGUCCUGCUGGACAUCCGCAGUCUCUACACUGAAUUUUACGACGUCAUCAACAAAAAUCUGGACAAAGUGACCAACCCCAAAGGAGAAGAGAAGUCCUCCAUGUACUGAGCCCGCAAAGUACUGCGUGUACUGAGCCCGCAAAGUACUCUCUGUACUGAGCCUGUGCGACGCUCCAGUUUCACAUACACAAAUACAAACAAAUAUCAAUAUAAUCAAUACAAUCAAUGGUUUGUGGGUUUUCAAUAAUGAUUUUUUUUUUUACAAUUGACCAGUGGAAAAACUCUUCAAGUAAAUUUUAAACAACACUUUCAUACUUAAGUAGAUUUUUCCAUGUGAUAUUUCUGAGUAACUUUUUGCGCCUGUAUGUGUACUUUACUUGAGUAACAUGGAGUUCUUCUUCUUCCACUGUUGAUUUGUGUAAAACUAUAAUUUAUAUUUACAUCAGGUCUAAUCCCAUCAAAAUGAGUCAUAAAAACUUGUCAUAAGCACUGAGAUUUGUGUAGAUUCAUUUGGAAAGGACUGCAUUUCUUUUGCAGUACUUGCACCAUUUUUGUUGUUGUAAGAUUUGAAUAAAAAAAGCUCCAAACAUG